UCGUUUCCCACAGAGAUGUAAUAACUUCCUGUGCACAUACUGGCGACUCUCUGUUGGUGUGGAAGGAUGAAGAUAUACUGGACAUUCAUGUUUUUGAUCGGACUGGUCUUUUGUCAAGGCCCAGAGCCCGAGACCUCGACCUCCACUAGCACGGUGACUGUUCGGGAGGGAGAAACAGCAAUACUACCAUGUACUAUCAAGUUUAAGGGACGUUACAUGACAGUUUGGACAGAUGAAGACUCCACGUUAUUGACGUUUGGGGACAGGCGAAUUAUUGACGACCCACGCAUAUCCUUGGACAGACCUUCCUUAGACGAAUGGAACCUCCACAUAAGAUCUGUGACCAAAACUGACCAGGGUCAGUACACGUGUCAGAUUAACACUAAUCCAGUGAGACUGAUGCCCGUGGAGCUGGUUGUAACAGGAACGGAUUUGGACAUGCCUACAUCAUCGGAUUAGCUUGAGAGAGAUGAUAAAAGGGAAGAAGGAGUAAAGAACAGUGGAGAGCAAGAAGAGGACACAUCUGUCCUUUCCUUGGUCAGGAGCUGCGUGUAUUUUGUGUCAUGUGAAAAAUAAAGUGACAGUCAAAGG